GGCAGCAGCGCUGGUGUGGGCUGAGGUGGCAAGGACAGCGCGGGCCCCCGGGCCUCUCCCCUGAGCGAGCGGCCCGACUGCGCCGCUGAGGGCCCUUCAGCCUCCGCCCCUUCAGCCUCCGGGCCGGGCCCACCGCCGUCUCUGUCCGCGGAAGACGGGGAUCCCCUGCCUGGGCCCGCAGCCUCCCCUUCGGGGGUCGGGCCCGGGCGGGGGGCCCCGGGCCGCUGCCCUUCUUGCCGGCCUCCGAGCCUCAUUUCCUGCUUUUUCAGUUUCCUUAAGUUGGGGCGGGUGGGUGUGGAUGAAUUGUCGUGGGGGCCCCCAAUGAGGCGGGCCGGGGGGCCGCGCUCUUUUUAGAGGGUCCCCGCGGGGCCCGGGUGGGGAAGGGGUUGUCUUUGCAUGGGCCGGGGUCUUCCCGAACCUGCCGGGACCAUGACCUGAACUGUGCCAGCGGGACGUGUCCGAAGCCCCAGAACCAGCUCACCUGAGCCUCCCCUCCUCCUGGCCAGUAUGACUCACAGGAAGUUGCAAAAAUAGUACAGAGUCCUGUGUACUCUUGUCCCAGCUUCCCCUGGUGGUGACAUCUUGAGUUGGAAUCGACUUGAUGACAGCAUCUGAAGAAGCCUCCCUCAGGGCAUUGGAAAGUCUGAUGACAGAAUUUUUCCAUGAUUGUACAACCAAUGAAAGAAAACGUGAGAUAGAGGAGCUUCUUAAUAACUUUGCCCAGCAAAUAGGAGCCUGGAGGUUCUGCCUGUAUUUUCUCUCCAGCACUAGGAAUGAUUAUGUAAUGAUGUACAGUUUAACGGUUUUUGAGAAUCUGAUCAAUAAAAUGUGGCUUGGGGUCCCAUCUCAGGAUAAGAUGGAAAUCCGUAGCUGCCUGCCCAAACUUCUUUUGGCUCACCAUAAAACCUUACCUUACUUUAUCCGGAACAAGCUCUGCAAAGUUAUUGUUGACAUUGGCCGUCAAGAUUGGCCAAUGUUCUACCAUGAUUUUUUUACUAACAUUUUACAGUUGAUCCAGUCCCCUGUGACAACCCCCCUUGGGCUGAUCAUGUUGAAGACAACUUCAGAGGAACUGGCUUGUCCCCGUGAAGACCUCAGUGUGGCUCGGAAGGAGGAGUUGCGGAAGCUGCUGCUAGACCAGGUGCAGACAGUGCUCGGGCUACUGACAGGUAUCUUAGAGACUGUCUGGGACAAACACAGUGUUACUGCCGCUACUCCACCACCAUCCCCGACCUCAGGAGAAAGUGGUGACUUGCUGAGUAACCUGUUGCAGAGUCCUAGUUCAGCCAAACUGUUGAAUCAGCCAAUCCCCAUCCUUGAUGUGGAGAGUGAGUAUAUCUGUUCCCUGGCCUUGGAGUGCCUGGCUCAUCUCUUCAGUUGGAUUCCUCUCUCUGCCAGCAUCACCCCAUCCCUUCUUACCACCAUCUUCCACUUUGCGCGCUUUGGCUGUGACAUCCGGGCCAGAAAGAUGGCAUCAGUUAACGGCAGCAGCCAGAACUGUGUCUUGGGUCAGGAACGUGGCCGGCUUGGGGUUCUGGCCAUGUCCUGCAUCAAUGAACUCAUGUCCAAGAACUGUGUGCCUAUGGAAUUUGAGGAGUAUUUACUGCGUAUGUUCCAGCAGACUUUCUACCUCCUGCAGAAAAUCACCAAGGAUAACAAUGCCCACACAGUGAAGAGCAGACUAGAAGAACUUGACGAGAGCUACAUAGAGAAGUUUACUGACUUUCUCCGGCUCUUUGUGAGUGUUCACCUAAGAAGAAUCGAGUCUUACUCUCAGUUCCCUGUGGUGGAGUUUUUGACACUUUUGUUCAAGUACACAUUUCAUCAGCCUACUCACGAAGGUUACUUCUCUUGUUUGGAUAUAUGGACGCUCUUUUUGGACUAUCUGACAAGUAAAAUUAAAAGUCGUCUGGGAGACAAGGAAGCAGUUCUCAACAGGUACGAAGAUGCCCUGGUCCUCUUGCUCACAGAGGUGUUGAAUCGAAUCCAGUUCAGAUACAACCAGGCCCAGCUGGAGGAGUUGGAUGAUGAGACUCUGGAUGAUGAUCAGCAGACAGAGUGGCAGCGGUACUUACGCCAGAGCUUGGAGGUAGUGGCCAAAGUGAUGGAGCUCCUUCCCACCCACGCCUUCUCAACACUGUUCCCAGUUCUUCAGGACAAUUUAGAAGUUUAUCUGGGGUUACAGCAAUUUAUAGUUACUUCAGGGUCAGGACACAGGUUAAACAUCACAGCGGAGAAUGACUGCCGGAGAUUGCACUGUUCCCUGAGAGAUUUGAGCUCCCUGCUGCAGGCUGUGGGCCGGUUAGCUGAGUACUUUAUCGGUGAUGUGUUUGCUGCACGGUUCAGCGAUGCCCUCACUGUCGUGGAAAGGUUAGUCAAAGUCACUCUGUAUGGAUCUCAGAUAAAACUGUACAACAUUGAGACUGCUGUGCCAUCAGUAUUGAAACCUGACCUCAUCGAUGUGCAUGCUCAGUCCCUGGCCGCUCUCCAGGCUUACUCUCACUGGUUAGCACAGUAUUACAGUGAAGUUCAUCGGCAGAAUACACAGCAGUUUGUUUCUCUGGUCUCUACUACCAUGGACGCCAUCACACCUCUAAUCAGCACCAAGGUCCAAGACAAGUUGCUGCUGUCUGCGUGCCACUUACUGGUCUCGCUAGCCACCACUGUGCGGCCAGUCUUUCUGAUCAGCAUCCCCGCAGUACAGAAGGUGUUCAACAGAAUUACCGAUGCCUCUGCCCAGCGACUUGUAGACAAGGCUCAGGUGUUGGUGUGCCGAGCCCUCUCUAAUAUCCUGCUGCUUCCAUGGCCAAACCUUCCUGAGAAUGAGCAGCAGUGGCCUAUGCGCUCCAUCAACCAUGCCAGCCUCAUCUCAGCACUCUCCCGAGACUACCGCAACCUGAAACCCAGUGCUGUCGCUCCACACAGGAAGGUGCCGCUGGAUGACACCAAAGUGAUUAUCCACCAGACACUUAGUGUCUUAGAAGAUAUUGUGGAGAAUAUCUCUGGGGAAUCCACCAAGUCCCGACAGAUCUGCUACCAGUCGCUGCAGGAAUCCGUUCAGGUCUCCCUGGCCCUCUUUCCAGCUUUUAUCCAUCAGUCAGAUGUGACUGACGAGAUGCUGAGCUUCUUCCUCACUCUGUUUCGAGGCCUUAGAGUACAGAUGGGCGUGCCUUUCACGGAACAGAUCAUACAGACUUUCCUCAAUAUGUUUACCAGAGAACAGUUGGCUGAGAGUAUCCUCCACGAAGGCAGCACAGGCUGUCGGGUGGUCGAGAAGUUCCUGAAGAUCCUGCAGGUGGUGGUCCAGGAGCCUGGCCAGGUGUUCAAGCCUUUCCUUCCCAGCAUCAUCUCCCUGUGCAUGGAGCAGGUGUAUCCCAUCAUUGCUGAGCGCCCCUCCCCUGAUGUGAAGGCUGAGCUGUUCGAGCUCCUUUUCCGGAUGCUGCAUCACAACUGGAGGUACUUCUUCAAGUCCACUGUCCUGGCCAGUGUCCAGAGGGGGAUUGCUGAGGAGCAGAUGGAGAAUGAGCCCCAGUUCAGUGCCAUCAUGCAGGCUUUUGGACAGUCCUUUCUACAGCCUGAUAUCCACCUCUUUAAACAAAAUCUGUUCUACUUGGAGACUCUCAACACCAAGCAGAAGCUAUACCACAAGAAGAUCUUCCGGACCACCAUGCUGUUCCAGUUUGUGAAUGUGCUGCUCCAGGUCCUAGUCCACAAGUCCCACGACCUUCUGCAGGAGGAGAUCGGCAUUGCCAUUUACAACAUGGCCUCGGUCGACUUUGAUGGCUUCUUUGCAGCCUUCCUUCCAGAGUUCCUGACCAGCUGUGAUGGUGUGGAUGCCAACCAAAAGAAUGUGCUGGGGCGGAAUUUCAAAAUGGAUCGGGACCUGCCCUCGUUCACCCAGAAUGUGCACAGGCUGGUCAAUGACCUGCGCUACUACAGACUCUGCAACGACAGCCUGCCCCCUGGCACUGUGAAGCUCUAGGCUCGGCC